AUGGUGGCGAGCGUUCCCUCCAUUGAUGAAGGAACGUCAAGAAUGAAGCGAAAAGGCAAAAGCAAAGGGAUUGAGAUCGUUGACCUCGAAAGCGAUUCGUUUUGUUUUACACCCCUUAAAGACAACGGCAGCCCCAAAAGUAACUCGAUCUCCGUUGCACAGUACAGUGAAGAAAGAGACCUACGACUUUCCGUCAAGAUUUCCACCACGCCCUCGGUUAGUAACCUCAUAGGCCUCGCAAACUACGAUGAUGAUUUGUCCGUACUUGAUUUCAAGCCCUCAAAGACUCCUUCACGUAAAAAGCGUAAAAAAGAGAAGAAACCCUUCAGCGAUCACCCCAUUACUGAACCUGGGGAGGUAUCAAACUCCAAAGCUCACCAAGACCCAGCCUUUGUCUGCGAAAUCUGUGUCGAACCCAAGCAAGCAAACGAAUUGUUUAACAUAAAAGGCUGCUCUCACGCUUACUGUACCGAUUGCAUGGUCAAAUACGUAGCCUCCAGAUUACAAGACAAGAUUACGGGUGGGGGGAAUGCUUUAUGCGAGGCCAUGGUUCUAGGGUCUCAAAAGUUUUAUUGUCCUUUCAAAGACUGUUCCAUGCUUUUGAUUGACGAUGGAGGAGAGACUUGUAAGGUUCCGUGGCAUGCUGAGAUUGACUGCGGGGAAUUUCAAAAGUUGCAUAAAGAUGAAAGAGAAAGGGAAGAUAUUAUGUUGAUGAAGCUUGCUACAAAAAACAAGUGGGUUAGGUGCCCUACCUGUGGAUUCGUUGUUUCGAGAACCCAGGGUUGUAAGUAUAAGAGUUGCAGGUGUGGAGCUGCUUUCUGCUACGGCUGUGGAUCAUCUCAAGUGGGUCAUACUUCUUGUCGUUAA